GUGUUAUAAACAAAGAGCUUUAGUCUGCUAGCUGUUAGUGCCUUGGUGUUGUUGUUUGAAAGUGAAGGUGUUUAGUUUGUUGUGGUGCAGUUUUAUAAUGUUUAAAGUUGUUAUUCAUCACUAUGGAUAGGACAUUAAAUGAAAUAGAAAUAGAUGAGUGUCUUUUUGAAGACCUACCAGACAUUAGUGCCAGCUCAGAUGUAAGUGACUGUGAAGAUAAUGAUGAUGAAGUUAGGUUAGAACAAACUGACUAUUUGGAUACAGGAAGAGAAAUAUCUGUAAGAAAUGUAGUUCCUACUCGUAAUAAGAAUGAUCUGCAGUUAACAGAGGCCUCUGUUUCAUUUAGGCCCGGUAAUACAUGUUAUAGCGAUGAAGAAUUGGUAGAAGACCUGAGUCCAAUUGGCCUAGGCCUACCAAUCAUUUCCAAUGAGAUGGUAGAUAAACAACAUGAGUUUGUAGAACCUGUAGCCUGCUGUAGCAAAGAUACAGAUAAUAAUUUUGAUAACAUAUUUAAUGAAGGUAUUCUAAACAUAGAAAAUGAGACACCAGGUUCUGACGAUAAUAACAAAGAGUCUAAUGAAACUUUGGAAGCUAAUCAAACUUUGGAAGCUAAUGAAACAGGUAGGCCUACUGACAAUUGUACCGAGGCUAAUGAAACUAUCGAAACUAACAAUAGUAGGUGUAAUGAAACUAGUGCAACUAAUAACAAAUCCGGAAAAGGCAAUUUGAAAAAAAACGCAACCUCUGGAAAAGGCAGGCGUGAAGCUAAGAAGACAACAACCAAACCUAAAGUGACUAAACCUAAUAAGACUAAAGCAAACCAAAAGUCUAAAGGUGGCAAACCACACAAAAAUGAAGACUCCAAUGCGAAGAAAAAGAAAGACGCCCCGGAUUAUAAAUGGAAAAAGAAGGACAUGCCUACAACUAUUCCACACUAUGACGAAAGUGAAGGUCUAAUGGAAGGACACUUCGAACAAUGCAAAACGCCUACUGAUGUGUUUCGUGAGUUUGUUGACCAGGAAUUGGUAAGCCACAUAACUUAUCAGUCAAAUCUAUUUGCGACUCAAAAUGGUAAAACACUAAAUUUAAAAGAAAAUGAACUCCUGGUGUUUAUUGGCAUAAACUUUCUCAUGGGUUAUCACCAGUUACCUUCCAUAAAACACUACUGGAAUACUGCUGAUGACUUACAUGUCAAGCCUGUUGCAGGAGCCAUGACAAGAGGGCGGUUCAUGGAAAUAUUACAUAUCUUCAUGUGA